AUGCCUGAGUGUCUUCCUCCCAGUCCUGAGGAUGGAGCCUCAGCCCUCAUCAUUCACCAGGCAGGAGAAGGCAGUGGACCUAAACUAGGUCAUGGCCCAGCAGAGACACAACACAGGCCAGUAAGUGCCAAGGACGAUGGUCUUUGGAGGAGGUAUUAUGGAGAAACUUCUUUCCUUACUAUCAAGACACCAGGAACAGCGGAGAUGGCCAAACAGGAAGCAUCACUUCCGAAGUCGUUGCCCACACCUGAGCAGGAAAUGGAUUCCGAAAAUAUCACAAAUGCUGGGAUUGUGAUCAUGAUGGGGAUAAGGAGAAUAUACUUCAAGGGCACUUCUCUCUAUCCUGGUCAUAUUUAUAGAUUUCUUCCUCCAGAGAACCUCAAAUCAGGAUCUUCAGGACACGCUGAUGGAUACUUGUAUACUUGUUUCCUUUAUACCAAUCCUCCUUUAUUUUCCAAAAGGUGUCUGUGCUCUGUGGAACCACAGAACAUAACAGGUGUCUUGAAAUUUCUCCUCCUGGGACUCUCAGAUGAUCCAGAACUGCAGCCUCUAAUUUUUGGGCUCUUCCUGUCCAUAUACCUGGUCACCAUGCUGGGGAAUCUGCUCAUCUUCCUGGCUGUCAGCUCUGACUCCCACCUCCACACCCCUAUGUACUUCUUCCUCUCCAUUCUCUCCAUGGCUGACAUUGGUUUUACUUCUACCACCAUCCCCAAGAUGAUUUUAGACAUCCAAACUCACAGCAGAGUCAUCUCCUAUGCCGGAUGCCUAAUUCAAUUGUCUUUUUUUAUUGUUUUUGGAUGUCUGGACAAUGCACUUCUAACUGUGAUGGCCUAUGACCGGUUUAUAGCUAUUUGUUACCCCCUGCAAUACCUGGUCAUCAUGAACCCCCGCCUCUGCAGCCUGCUGGUUCUAGCAUCCUUUUUGAUCAGCCUUUUGGACACUCAGUUGCACUGCUUGUUGAUGUCACAACUUUCCUUUUGCACAAAUGUGGAGAUUCCUCAUUUCUUCUGUGACCCUGCUCAACUCCUCAAGCUGGCCUGUAAUGAUACCUCCACCAAUAACUUAUUAAUCUAUGUUAUUGGUGUCAUCUUUGGUGGAGUUCCACUCUCAGGGAUCAUUUUCUCUUACUAUAAAAUUGUUUCCUCCAUUCUGAGAGUCCCAUCAUCAGGUGGGAGGUAUAAAGCCUUCGUCACCUGUGGUUCUCACCUGUCAGUUGUUUGCUUAUUUUAUGGAACAGGCCUUGGGGUGUACCUCAGUUCAACUGUCUCACUUUCUUUGAAGGAAGGUACAGUGGCCUCAGUGGUGUAUACGAUGGUCACCCCCAUGCUGAAUCCCUUCAUCUACAGUCUGAGGAACAGGGACAUCAAGAGAGCCCUGCAGAGUCUCCUUAACAGAACAGCCUAG